CGGAUAUGCAUUUAAAUUGUUACGCGCUGCCCGCGGAUAUAAGAUGAGCAGCAAUUCUGAUGGGAACCAGGAGUUCCAUGAACAGCUUCGGCUGCAGGAGCUGUAUGGGGAGAAGCGUGAUGAUGGCAAUGACCCGUUCACGUAUGUGGACCCACAAGAUGGCACCAUUUACGACUGGGACCACGACAAGAAAGCAUGGUUUCCAAGAGUAACGGAAGACUUUCUAGCAGCUUACCAAGCCAGCUAUGGAGUCUCCGAAGAGGUAACAGCUGUCCCAGUGGAGCCCAAAAAAGAUCCAGUGGGAGAGGUGGUGGAGACACCAAAACAAACACCAUCAGGCACUGCAGCAGCACAGCCCAAAGAUGGCAAAACGAAAGCAGAGAAGAGAAAAGCUGACCCAGGCUGGUUUGAUGUUGACAAAGACAAGAACACAAAUGUAUAUGUAUCAGGCUUGCCUCUCGACAUUACCCCAGAGGAGUUUGUGGAGGUGAUGUCCAAGUGUGGGAUCAUCAUGCGGGACCCCGUCACAGACCAGUACAAGAUCAAGCUGUACAAAGAUGACCAAGGAAACCUAAAGGGAGAUGGGCUGUGCUGUUAUCUCAAGCGAGAGUCGGUACCCCUAGCGGAGCGACUGCUGGACGACACAGAGAUCCGAGGCUACCACCUACAUGUGGAGGCAGCACACUUCCAGCUGAAGGGCCAGUAUGAUGCCAGCAAGAAGAAGAAGAAGAGCAAGGAGUACCGCAAGAAACUGCAGCAGCAGCAGAAGCAGCUGGACUGGCGGCCAGAGAAGACAAGUGAUGCACGCAAGAGGCAUGAGCGUGUGGUUAUCAUCCAGAACAUGUUCCAUCCCAAGGAUUUUGAGGAGGACCCACUGGUGCUGAACGAAAUCCGCGAAGACCUGCGGACAGAAUGCGAGAAGUUUGGACAGGUGAAGAAGGUCAUCAUUUUCGACAGGCACCCAGAUGGAGUGGCCUCGGUGGCCUUCAAGGAGCCAGAGCACGCUGACAUGUGCCAGGUAGCCCUGGAUGGGCGCUGGUUUGGGGGCAGGAAGCUGUCGGUCCAGCUGUGGGAUGGCACCACAGACUACCAGGUGGAGGAGACAAACCGCGAGCGUGAGGAGAGACUGAAGGGCUGGUCAGCCUUUCUGGAAGGAAAUAAGGCAUCAGCAGAGGGAGAUGCUGCUAAAGAUGGCAGCAGUGGUGGGAGUGAAAAGGAUAAGGGGCAAGAGAAGGCCAGUCUGGGGGUAGCAGAGUCCUCCAGUACAACGGAGGUCUCCAGCUCGGAGCAACGCCAAUCAGUGAGCCAAGCCAAGGGUGGGACAGUGGAGGUUCUGGGGAGCGAUGCCACGCCAUUGGAUACACCAGAGAUCGACUCUACUGACAGCAGCCUGGCAGGAAGUGAUGAAGAACACACGUAGAUGGCAAAAUACUGGUCACCCUCCUACGUAGUCCGGCCACGAGGAUGCUGCCUUCAGCACACACUCAUAAUAAAAUUCAGCAUCUGGAAAUAAAAAAAUUGUAACUGUCCAAAAUGGUCAAGACAUUGAAAAGCCUCUUUACUAAAAACAAAGUGUAAAUAAUCAGGCAUCAGUGGCAGCAGCCCAGAGGUUUGAAGCAACUUUUAAGCCUUCCUACAUCCUUCCUUCCUGUAGAUAUUGUGUUCUGCCAUGUAUUUGCAGAGUGUUUCAUGCACUGUAUACAUGUCUGGAUAGCCAAAAGUGGCUGGUGGAGAAUGUUGUGCAAGAAGUGUGAUUAAUAUUUUGUAUUGUGUGUAGUGAUAUGGGCCAUUCUGAAUGACUUUUAGUAGUCACCAGUGACAGGAUCACUACCAGAGCAAAUGUCACCUUGAGUUUCUUUUAGAUUGAGUGUAAUUUUCUUCUUUAAUAAAUACAGGUAUAGACUCUAACAAACUACCGAAUUUAAAUGUCGGAUGUUUCAAUCUCUUAUUUUGUGAAUUGCUGAUAUGUUUGAAUGAAAAUAAAAGUGGUUUCAGACCAGAUGCAAUUUGCUAUGCUCGCUGAGAUUUUUUGCAGUGGUGACAGUAUUGUCACAAUAAAAAGCAAACGGUACAAAA